GUAAGCUUAAGGUUUAUUUAAGAUAUAAAGAUUGCUCAUCUUCGACAAAAUAGAAGAAUUAAAAUUAUGAUCACUUAGAAUGAUUCAAAUUAUUUCUAAUAUAGAAUGUAAGUUGGUGUCUAGGAAAAUAAAACAUAUGAUCACAUCCAGCUUUUCAAAUUUCCUUGCAUAUGGAUUAACGAAUUAACGUUAAUAACUAAAAUGAACUCAGUUACAUGAUAAACUAUGCAUGAUCCUGAAUUGUGACUGUAUUUUUGAGACCCAGAGAUUGAAUAUUUUAAAAUCACUAACAAUCUAUUUCUUCUCCAGUUAACUUCCUAAAUGGCUUCUAUAAACUUUGAAAGAGGAAAAUGUAUUAUCUGCCAAGAUGAUUUUAAAGACAGUAACAGCAAUUUUGUCAAGCCAACUGUUGGACAAGCAAGAGGUGUUGCAACCUUGCUUAGAAUAAGCAAAAUGAAAGAUGAUGAAGUUUAUCAACGUAUGAAAUUAGCCAAACUUGAAAACGCACCUAUUCUAUAUCACAUGAACAAUGCUUGCUACAGAGUAUAGACCCAAAAACGGCAUACUGUAGAAACCAUUGAAGGAAUGGUUGGAAACACACCUCAUUCCUCAACAGCACAACCCAAACAAAUGAAAUGUUCCCUUCCGCAAAGGAAUGAAGAAACUGAAACUGAUACUGAAAAAACCAUUGAAGGAAUGGUUGGAAACACACCUCAUUCCUCAACAGAACAACCCAAACAAAUGAAAUGUUCCCUUCCACAAAGGAAUGAAGAAACUGAAGAAACUGAAACUGAUACUGAAGAAACCAUUGAAGGAAUGGUUGGAAAUACACCUCAUUCGUCAACAGCACAACCCAAACAAAUGAAAUGUUCCCUACCACAAAGGCCCUCUGUUGAAGCUGUUGAUGUACCUAAAUACCAGAAUGUUUGUAUAUAUUGUAAUCAGGUCACAAAAAACAAAACAUAUGAAAAAUCCCAAAUUUAUGAAGAGAAGAAAGCUACCGAGUUUCUUGUACAAACCCAACACUUACAGGAUGAAGUGUAUACCAGCACCUGUCACCUCACUGAUGUGAAAGGAGUGAUUGAAGCUGAUCUCUUAUACCAUAACUAUUGUUACAAACAAUACAGCCAUAAAUACCAGAAAAGUACUGAUUCAAAUUCUCUUCAUGAUAAAUCAAAUAUGUAUGAUGUAUUUAAUGAUGUCAUCAAUGAAAUUCAACAAGACUUGAAUACAGGAAAAGCCUUCUCUGUAUCAGAGAUUUGAAAAGAGAUCUGUGACCGCCUUCGACGUAGCCCUGUUCAAAGGCAACUUGUCACCAAAUAUUUGCGUAAGCGAUUUGGUGAAGAUGUCACAUUUAUAAAGCACAGCAAGAGGCAGUCUCAGGAUUUUCUUCUGGCAAGCAAGAUAGAUGCUGUAAAAUUGGUAAUUAAUCAUUUAUAAUUUAAAAGUACUUAUUCAGUGUGUCAAAUAAGUCCCG